AUGUUCACCAGAGGCAUUACUAUCUAUAAUCCUUGGGAUGAGCAAAGAACAAAAAGAAUCUAUAUUGAAGGAAAGGAAUUAAAAGUAACAGCAGAGUCUGUUCAUGACAUGUUAGGCAUACCAAUUGGUGGAACCAAACUUACACAACUGGAUCAAUGGCCUAAGGAUGAUACAAGUUAUGAUGAAUGGAAGCAACAAUUUAAAAAAGAUUCAAUCAUCCGACUGAGUGCAAUAAAAAAUGUUAUUGUUUCUACCACACAAGCUGAUUUCAAUUUCAAAUUGAACUUCUUAGUUCUUUUUGUCAACACUUUUUGCGAGUCAACAUCAAUGGGAAGAUGCAACCUGUUUCCCUUGAGUUAUAUUUCAAGAAAAACAGGUAUCAGCAACAUAGACUGGUGUAGCUAUGUUUUGGACUGUCUUGUCAGAACAAAAAACUCAUACAUACCAUACUCAGAUAACAGCUUCUUUGUUGGACCUUCAGCUUUCUUGGUGUUGUUUUAUGCUGAUAACAUCCACUCUGAAGCUUUAACAGUAACACGUAAACGUCCAACAAUUUGUUAUUGGAGUUCAGAGAAGAUUAGAUAUCGAGAGACAUUUGAACAAGAAAAAGGUAGAUUUGGAGUUGGAGAAUUAAACGAAGAAUUUGUUAAUGAACAAAAUGAAGGAGAUACAGAUCUCGAAGACAGUGAUUCUGAUAAAGAUGAAGAUCAUUCUGUUGAGGCAUAUGAAUCAAAAAUAUCAAAAAUGAUUAAUAGUUUUGAGAGGAUGAAGGAAAAGAUGAAUUCAAAGCUUAAUGAUGCGAUGACAAAGUUCCCUGAAAAGGAAAGUUUUAGAAUUUUCAAAGAAAAGAUGAAAAAUAUGAUUGUUGAAGGAAAAACUGAAAGCACAAAACUUUUUAAUUUUCCAAUUAAUGAAAUUGGAGUUGAAGGAAUCAAUUUGACACCAAUAAUGGGUCAAAAAACAAAUGAUCGAACAGAAAAUGAAGAUAAAGAGGGAAAUGGUGAAGAAGACAGUGAUAAUGGUGCAAGUCAACCAGAAGUAGAUUAUUUGCUUGAUUCAAAUGAAGCAUAUAAUGAAGGAAUGAAGAAUGAUGCAAAUAAGAAUCAAAAAGAAGGUGAAAUUAGAGUAAAAGAGAAAGAUGCAAAGAGGAAUGAAAAUCAGAAUGAUGAAGAAGAAAAAGAUGAUCAUGCUGAGGAAACAAAUAAUCAUGAAGAGACUAUUCAACAAACUAAAAAUCAAAAUUUGUUGGAUAAAGUUGUUGACAACAUUGUGGACACUGUCCUUGGAAUUGGAGUUUCAAGUUUAAAUAGUCAAGAAGAUGAAAUCUGGAAUCACCCUGAAAUGAAAACUAUUUUCGAUAAUAUUCAUAUAGGGUCACUAAUGAGUACAGGUAAAACUAAUACUCUUGCAGAAAAGGAAAAAUCAGAAGGUGUACAUGAACAAGGAACAAAAGUUGAAAAAACAAAGGGAGAUGAUACAGGCAAGGAAAACUCUGAAGAUAGAAAUGAAGGAGGAACGAAAGCUAAGAACACGAAAGAUGGAUGUGAAGAAAAACAAACAGAAAUUGAAAAAGGAAAUGCAGAAGAUAGAGGAAAGAAAAAGUCAGAAAAUCAAAACAAGAAAGGAGAAAAAGCUGACAAGACAAAAGGAAAUAAAGGAGGACCAUCAAAGCAUGAUCUGGAUCAACCAAGAGAGAAGAAGCUUGCUGAUGCUUUCAAAUCACCUUUCAAAUGCAGAAUAACAGACACAAAACCCAAACUGACACAUCAGGAGAGUAUUGUCUGUGAAUGGUUGUUCAAAUUACAAGGUAAUACAUCAGAUGUGGUUGUCCAGAUAAAAUAUGGUCAGAUAGCAGAAAGAGCAGUUAUGAAAAGUCUAUAUGCAAACAUAGAGAUUUUUGGAGAAGUUUUAGACACUUGGUCUGAUUUACUUAACCACCAAGAACUGGAAAGGGAUUUUGGAAAUUCACCAUACAGACUCUUCUUGAAAGUUGGAGUUUCUAAAAAUUUGUUUGUGAAAUACUUUAAAGAAAUAAACCAUCCAAGAGCAAAUGCAAUCUCAAAAGAAAGUAUCAAACCCCAACGACUUAAAAUGUCAUGGAGAACAGUUAAAAACAAAGUUGAUUGUGGGGUCUUUGCAAUGAGACAUAUGGAGACCUAUAUGGGACAACCACUCUCAAAGUGGAAACCAGGUCUUCAUAAAGAAAGUGCAGUUCAACAAACUACUUUAGAGAAGCUCAGGCAAAGAUAUGCACACAUAAUGCUAACUUCUGAAAUUAACAUGUUGAAGGCUAAGGUGUUGGAUCUUGCUGAAAAAUAUCAAAAAGUUGAAUUCAAAGUGCGUAUUGAUCAUGCAUACAAGGCUAUGCAAACAAUUCAAAAAAGGAUAAAAGAAUAUUAA